CAUUUGCCGAUUAUUUCACAUCCGCAUUUUGCCGAUUUUAGGUAGCGAGCUUCGUGUUAGCGUCCGCUUUCCGGCUCGACCACCCUCCUAUCUCACCCUGUAGUUCGUCCCCUUGCUACUGGCGCCGCCUUGGACUCUUUCGCGUGAUAGUUGGAGGCACUUUUGCGAGGAAAUCGUCACUUAUCUCACGUAAAAGUGCCCCCCUGGCCCGCGCGCCCUUAGCCAGAUUCCCGCGCCACCAUGCAGCUCGCCUGGACUCCCGCCGCAAAAAGCGCAAAGAAGCGCAUGCGACGCGCCAAGGGCGGCGAGGCCGUCCUCCGCGCAUUCGGGGACCAGGAUGACGUGGCAGCAGCGUCUUCGCGUGGUGACCUGGCCGUCGCUGACGAGGCACGCGGGGAAGACGCCACGUGGAUCUCAGGCGAGACGGAACCGAGGCGAAAGACGAGAGUUGAGGAGACAGCGCAGCUCCAGCAAAGGGGAAACGCCUUCGCACAGGCGGGCGAUUUUCCUGCUGCUCUUGCCACGUGGGAUGCCGCCAUUGGCCUGUGUCCCCUGCCACGUCAGCGCGCGGUGCUAUUCGAGCAGAAGGCGCAGGUGCUGAUGGAGAUGGGGCGACUGUGGGAGGCCGUCCGAGCUGGCACAUGUGCCACAGAGAUCGCCCCAGAAUGGCACGACGCGUGGGUGACCCUGGCGCGAGCUCAGCUCAACUUCGGCGAGCCUCAGCUGGCUCAAGCCUCCUUCUCACACGCGCUGUUGCUGCAGCCUGGCAAUGCUGAGGCGCAGCAGGAGCUCAGGGAAGCCUCGCGAUUGGCUGUCAGGCAGCGCCAGCUGGCAGCAGCAGCUGCUGGCGGGGAUGCGGAGAUGGUGACACGUGUUGAAGUGGGGAUGGUGAGAGGUGUGCAUGGGGAUGGGGUACAGCAGCAGGCGCAGCAGCAGGAGCAGGAGGGGCAGCAGGAGGAGCAGGAGCGGCAGGGUAGAAACUUUGAGAGGGGACCUGACGUGAGAAUUCACGUGAGGGGGAAUAUGGAUGCUGGUGGUGCUUCCGCUGAUGGUCAUGAUGCUGUUGCUGCUCGUGAUGCUCUCACCAGUGUUGUUGGUGCUGCUGGACGUGGGGAGGAACAUACUGAAAUCCAUCGAGUAGAGUUGAGGUAGUAGAAUAGUAGCGGGAAUAUGGGAAUUAUAACAUAUACUGUGAAAUACACGAUUUGUGCUGAAGAAACACGCUCAAAUUUU